AAUCUCUCUGUCUUGUAUCCAUCAAAUAUAGUAAAUACGCGUUUAAAACAUACCUAUAUAUACGCCCUUAAAAUAUAAUAUUUAAAACUAAAGUUCACCAUGGAAUCAUAAACUAACUAGCUAUCGCCCUCAACUCUAUCCGCGUCGAAUUAAGCAAAAACAUAACAUGUAUGAUAUACAACAUUGUACUUCUUUGUUGGGAGUGCAGAAGUAUUUUGAAGAAGACUCGGAGAUUCCGAGAGAGGAUCCAGCAGGCUCAGUUGCUGUUGCAAACACCUGAAUUUUAUCUUAAUCAUUCCACGUCUUGUCUAUCAACGUUACAAUCAAAAAUUAUUGAUAAUAAUUGUGAAAUUGUAUAUGAAAGUUACAAUGGAGAUAAAAUUAAAUUAGAAAUACACAGAGAACACGAUGAAGUACCUUUAAAUGAUGAAGAAAUAUUAAUUGAACCAAAAGAAGAAAUUCUCGAUGAAAUUAUUGAACAGGACACCGAACAAUUAAUUAUUAAAGAUAAUUUAUUUGAUGAAUUUAAAAACGAGACAAACCAAAACGAAUCUGAAGCAUAUAAUAAAACAAAAGGUAACAAUCAAAUAGAUAUAACAAAAAUCAAAUCGGAAGACAUACAGACAGACACAUUUGAUUAUAGCGAUGAAGCUAAUAAAGAUUAUAAAGUGAAAAAAAGGAAAAAAAAGAAAGUUGUAGCUGAAUUAAGACCUUGUAGAUAUACAAAAAGAGAAUUGAUUAACAGAAAUACUAUAAAUAUGGAAAGAUAUUAUUUUACAAGUGAUGUUAAUGAGCAAGUUCUAGAAGAGAUUUACGAUAGAAGAAUGUCUUUGAAAUAUUUAGCAAAACCUAAAUAUAAAUGUAUAUUAUGUAUGGUAAAGUUUAAUAGAGAAAUUGAUAAAGAAAGACAUAACACUUUGAAACAUUUGCCUGUUAGAGGUCCCUAUACAUGUUGCGAAUGUCUUAAUUAUAAAGCUCAAAGUCUAACAAAGUUACAUAAACAUUGGAAGACGCACAAAAUGUAUAAAUGUCUUCUAUGUCCAGACGUGUCUACGGAUAAAAGUGAAAUCAUACAACAUUUGAUAAGGAAACACAAAUACAUAUUCCAAUGUUUGGAGUGCGGGAAAGAUUUUUACCUUUGCCGAGAUAUAUUUCGCCAUUACGAUGAGGCUCAUCAUCUUCUUUGUAUUUGUGACCAUUGUGGGAAGACUUACAAUCGGAAGAACCAACUUGAACAACAUAUGAUAUAUAAACAUCUACCUAGGAAAUGUGAUAUUUGUGGACAAGUUUGUAAAUCGGCGCACAGUUUAGGCGCUCAUAAACGUAUCUGUCGUCCUGAUAAGCAUUUUGAUGGUAACGCACCUGAGUUGUCUUAUUGUGUCGAAUGUGACAAACAAUAUGAUUCUGUUGAGAAAUAUCAAAAUCAUCUUAGAACUGCAGUCCAACAUAAAUCACCGUUAACAGUCAGUUUCCCUUGUCCUGAUUGUGGAAAAACUUUUAGUAGAAAAGUUUAUAUGAGUAAUCAUUACCAGUUAGUUCAUAUGAAGAAAUCUCAACAUUAUUGUGAUAUUUGUAAUAAGUAUUUUAGUUCGGCAUUUUCUCUACGCACUCAUAGAGAGAGUGUCCACGAGAAGAAAUAUCCACCAAAAGAUAAGAUAUGUGACAUUUGUGGAAAAGGCUUUAGGGUAAAUACAAUUCUCAACAAUCAUAAACGAACUCAUACUGGAGAGAAACCAUACCAAUGUUCUUUUUGUCCGGCAGCGUUUGCUCAAAAUUCUGCCAAAAAGACCCAUGAGAAAGCAAAACAUAAAACAAAUUAAAAGAAAUUAUUAAAAGGAUUACAUUCUAUCAAUUUCUGUGGUAUUUAACACUUAAAAUAAUAUUAAAACUUAAUACUGUAUUAUUCCAAAAAAUUUAACUUAUAUUGUGUCUAUUUAAGAUAGA